GAGAUCAAUGAGAUAUUGCAGAUAUACACAGAUCUAGGCUCCAGCAGACGAUGCGACAUUCAGACUGAAAAGAUUUGGAAGGCAAAAAAUGAAAACUGAUUGUUGAAUGAAAUAAAAAGCUAAGGCUGGAUUCUGAGCACACGUGCAGGAUUACAGUCAGAAUCUACAGACCGCUCCUGUCAGCUAAGAGCUGGAGGAAGACAUCUGAACCUCGCAGAACAUAAACACUGCUAUAGAGUGCGGGGCAUUUUUCACCUUCCCCCCCGCCCCAAUUGAUGGGAAAGAAAAGAAAAAGGAGAAAAGAACAAGAAAAAAAGCAAAUAAGUUGAUUCUAACUUAACAGAUAUUAUCAAAUAGAAUUUCUACUUGAAAAAGGGGGGGAAAAAAGAUAGGGGGAUUUUAUUUCCUAACUCUAAUCUGAAUACGUUUAGGGUUAAAUAAUUUUGACUUUUGUCUUAAUAUGAAAUAAGUAUUAAUACAAAUAACUAGGAAAAAUGCUUUAUUUUGAAUUAUAUUACUAGCUGAGUGAUUUGGGGGAUAUAUUCAUUUUUUUUUCCUUCUCAGCUACUGUAACUUACUAAAGUUUAAUAUCUUUAUACAUAAAGGAAGAAAUGUGGAGAGCAAAAACCCACAAUUUUGAAGUAUAAGUCAAAAAGUGAUUUUAAAAUAUUUAACAUCAGGUAAUAGAGAUAUGGCACUUUCUCAAUUUUAAAACUACACUCCCUCUCCUCAUUUUUCCACCCAGGGGAAUUUGGAUUAAUGAAAUUUCUGUAGUGCUUUGUCACAUUUUGCAUUUCUCUGAAUUCCAUGAUGGUGAGAGUUUGAAGGAUUUAUUUAAAAAUAAAAUAAAUAAGCAGGGAGCUAACUGUACAUUUAAAAUAUGGGUUUACUCCAUAUUUAUCUGUGAGAAAUGUGGCUUUUUAGUUGCAAGGUCAAAUGUUUCAAGUGAUUUUAGAAUUCUCAACAGCUAUUAUUUUUUAAUGUGGGCAUUUGCAACUGACAUUUUAUUGAAAAAAUAUAGAUUGGGCAUUUAUACACACACACAUACACACAUACACACACUCUCUUAUAAGGAGAGCUUACACACAGACACAAAUAAGGUGCAUGAGGCUGUCUGUGUGAGUCGAAAAACUUUAAAAAUGGAAAUAUUUAAACAUUGUGCUGGCAUUCUUUCAGGUAACUUAAGAUUAUAGAACCAUGUUAACACUACCAUUUGAUGAGUCUGUUGUAAUGCCAGGAUCCCAGAUGUGUAGAAAGUUUCCCAGAGAAAGUGAUGACCAAAAGCAAAUGAAGAACACAGAAAGCUUUUCAAAGCAGAUCAUCCUCCGAGGAAAGAAUAUCAAAAGAUCUCCUGGAGAAGACACAGAAAAAGAAGAGGAGGAGGAAGAGAGAGAAGAGGAGGAUGAGAAUGGCUUGCCAAGGAGAAGGGGCCUUAGGAAAAAAAAGACAAGCAAGAUAAGGAUGGAAAGAAUUAAAUUCAGGCGUCAAGAAGCCAAUGCUAGAGAGAGGAACCGUAUGCACGGCCUUAACGAUGCUCUGGACAAUUUAAGGAAAGUUGUCCCUUGUUAUUCUAAAACACAAAAACUGUCAAAAAUAGAAACUUUAAGACUAGCCAAGAACUAUAUUUGGGCUCUUUCUGAAAUACUGCGAAUUGGGAAGAGACCUGACCUGCUCACCUUUGUCCAAAACUUGUGCAAGGGUCUGUCCCAGCCAACUACAAACUUGGUGGCAGGAUGCCUGCAACUGAAUGCCAGAAGUUUCCUAAUGGGCCAGGCAGGUGACGGUGCCCAUCAUACCCGCACACCUUACUCCACCUUCUAUCCUCCCUACCACAGCCCGGAGCUUGGCACCCCCCCAGGGCAUGGGACUCUUGACAACUCUAAGUCCAUGAAACCAUACAAUUACUGCAGCGCUUACGAGUCCUUCUAUGAAAGCACUUCCCCUGAGUGCGCCAGCCCACAGUUUGAAGGUCCCUUAAGUCCUCCCCCAAUUAACUAUAAUGGGAUAUUUUCCCUGAAGCAAGAGGAAAGCUUGGACUAUGGCAAAAAUUACAAUUAUGGCAUGCAUUACUGUGCAGUGCCACCCAGGGGUCCCCUUGGGCAGAGCUCAAUGUUCAGGUUGCCUACAGAGAGCCACUUCCCUUAUGACUUACAUCUGCGCAGCCAGUCUCUCACCAUGCAAGAUGAAUUGAAUGCAGUUUUUCAUAAUUAAUGAGGAAAAUGAAAAUAAACAGUGAUCAUUCACCUCCCCAUCUAAUUAAGAGCAAGCAGAUGCUUGGGCACUGCAUAAUCGGCACAAUUCUAUUUAAAAUGUUUACUAGUUCCUAAAGUGUGUUUGAACUAUUGUGAGGAUUUUCUAUGUAUUAAUAAACCCUUUUUAUUGUAAGUAUUUUUUUUCUGUAAUCACUGUGAGAAUAUGUUUCCUCCCAGAGGUUUUCUCGCUUCUUUUUUACUUUUUGUUUCCCUAUUUGUUUGAUUUGUUGACCAGUGUGUCUGAACAAUAUUACUGAAAUAAAAAUGUACACACUGUGUGAAGUCAAUGUCUAUUUCGAUUGUAUAGUAAUUAUACAAAUGCAUGUUAUUGAAAUCAGAUUAAUAAAAAUUAUGUAUUUAUAAUUGGUAGAAAAUAUAUAUUAUGUAUUCAAGGAGAGCUGGAUUAAAAAUAUUAAGAACUUUAAAGUAAAUAUCCAGAGCUGAGAUGGGCUUGCAAUAUGCAGAGGUGAGAGGGUAGCAAUACUGAAAGCUAUGCAAAAAAAAAAAAAAAAAGGCAAACAAGAAAACAAAAUAGUUUUUGGGUUGUCGGUUUUCGGUAAACUAAGGAAAAAAUGGAUUGUCAUUGAUAGUAUUCAGCCUGACUUUAGAGUGUUGCUGACAGGGGCCACAUGAUGAUAUUUAGAAGAUGUUGUCAAAAAUUUGCCUCAGUUAUCUCGACCAUAUAUAAUCAGCACUUUGUGUUUUUAUGACUUCAGAUGUAAAGGUUUGUUAUAAAAAUGUAUAACUGUGGUUUCUCACUACAUACUUAAAAUGCAAUUAAAGAUAGAUGUUUCCACUUUUAAAAUACAUCUAUUAGCUGUGAUACUAUA